AACCAAUCCUGCCAUGCAACUGUCUUAAACACCUCCUGCUGCAACUCUUGCGCAUAUAUUAUCUCUGCUACGUGCAUGCUAUGUCUAGCUUGCAAAUCCCAAAUGCUGUCUAACAUGCCUUUGUUGUCUUUGUUAAACUUGCUAUCCUUGCCUAUGUCCUUUCCAAAUGCCUUGUUUAAAUACUGGUUUGAAAUUGCAAUUGCAAUAUGCCUUUACAUGCUUAUGCCAACCUGCGCCUUUAGAUACUGCCUGCUAUGCUGCUGCAUAAUCUGCUGUAUUUGGUCUAGUGUCUACUUCUGCUUUUAG